UCGGGGGAGGGUGCAGGACCGCCUGGCAUCCAUUAGUAAAUAGGAAAGAUGGCAGCGGAUUAUUGCGCUUUUUCCUCCCUGGGAAAGAAUCGGCAGACAUUUUUUUCACGAGAGUUGAAAUUUACUUCAUUUCGAUAAUAAAUUGCUCUGUUAUUUUCAUGCAUUUUGUAGGUUAAAUUUAGAUGAUAGAGUGGAUUUUCGCUGUUUUAAAUCGAUUUGUUUUGGUUUUCUUAGCUUUUGAGGAGUUUUGACGGUGAAAUCAUGGAAAAUAUAAAGUUUUAGGGUGCAUAAACUUUUUUUUUAUGGGUUUUUUUUUGAGGGUGUGAAAGGAGUCCAUACUGCUUACUGUUUCGGUGAUUUAUGUUACUAGUGUGAUUUUUAAUGAUGAAGGCAAUCGAUGAAACGGAGCAACAGAGGGACCUUCCUCAGGCCCUUCGUCUCCUUGGUGAGAUGAAUGCAAACGUACUCCGUGUUAAUCAACUUGUUGAUAAUAUGUUAGUACGCGUUAGAAAUGGAGAAGUAUCAACAGACAAGGGUUUAAGUUUUCUGGAAAUAAAAUAUCACAUGUUACUUUCUUAUUUGAUUAAUCUUACAUACGUUGUGUUGAGAAAAUGCUCGGGGGAAAAAAUAGAGGGUGAUCCAUCUAUCGAUCGUUUGGUUGAGAUUAGAACAGUAUUGGAGAAAAUUAGGCCGAUCGAUCAUAAGCUUAAAUAUCAAAUCGAUAAGUUGGUGAAGACUGCUGUCACUGGAACCACCAGCAGUUCGGAUCCUAGCUAUUUCAGGGCUAAUCCGGAGUCACUCAUGGCGAAGAUUGAUGGAAGUGAUCAAGAGGAUGAAAGUGAUGAAGAGGAUGAAGGGGGGAAGGGUAAUAAAGUCAGGAAGACUGGAAUUUAUGUACCACCUAAACUUGCUGCUGUUCAUUAUGAUGGAGAUGAAACCAUGAUGGAAAAAUCACGUAAAGCUAGUGAACGCGCACGAAGACGUGCUGUGUCAGGGGCUGUACUCCGUGAGCUGAAAGAAGAGUAUCUCGAUGCACCAAUUGAAGAUACCCAGGGUGGUGAAAAGCAGAUUAGCUUAGGACGUGAAAACAAACGGAAGAUUGAGUUUGAGGAAAACUAUAUGACACGCUUGCCCGUGACGAAACAGGAGAAACAUCGUAAUCGUCAGAUUUCAACGCUUGGGCAGCUUGGCGAUGAGAUAACGACCUUCGGAGGAUCAUCAUCUAUUCCGAUGAAGAAACGAAAAGCCGCCAAGGGAAAAGGAAAGAAGAGUUUCAAGAAGAAACGACACUUUUAAUUUUUUUUUUCACAAGGAUUCUCGUCGUUAAUCGUUUUAAGGUAAAGAGGAUAAAAUUAUAAACAAAACUUUGGUAAAACUCGUACACGAGACUUCUGGUAAAUAAUCUUGAAAUUACUAAAUUAUAGAAAUUAAAGGAAUAAAUUUAGAGGUAUACAGAAUCAUAGAUGGCGAUCAAGAAAUGAAAACAAACCACAGAAUAGCCAAAAGGUCUAUUAUAUAUAUUUUUGUUUCAAGGAAAAUUUAGCAAAGAACCUGAACAGAUAAAAAUCAUCUUUGUUUUUCAUUUUACAACUAAUCUUUAAAUGAGUCAUAAUUUCAAUUGUUUUCUCAGGAAAAAUUCCUAUUUCCAGUAACUAAAGCGCACAGAAAAUAUUCUAUUAGUUUACAGACAUGGAAAAAAAUGUUUGGAUAAGCACUCGAGGGGUUAAACAAAAUUAUACAGUUAAAAAACGCAUGUAUUAGGAUUUUAUCGCUGUUCUAGGGUAUAGGAAUAAGAAAAAAAAAAUGAAAAAAUAACGUAGUUCAUAGUUUUACGAUUACUCGUAUUCUUAUGUUUGAAAAUUUCUCUUCUGGUGAAGCUAAAAAAUACACAAAAAUGUUGGGGCUACAUUUUCGACAUCGUUGGUCAACGUUUCCGUUAAGUUUAUUAUCAACUUUUAAGUUUCAAAUUUUCUUAUUAAUUUAAGUUUUUGAUGUAUUAUAUUUGUGUUUAACAUUUCAAAUUAUUUCGUUAUGUAUUUAUCGUAUUAAAAGCUUAUGAAGUCAAACACUUAAAAGAUAACGUGGACGCAUCAAAAUUCAAAAUUAAACCAAAUAAAGUGAAAGAUCAAAA